AUGUCAGUAUCACCCCUCAGCGCAGAGUCUAACCCUUCCGCGGCUCUUCCAACAUUGAAUUCCAUGUCAUUGUUUUUCAAUCCUUAUCCAUUCAUUAUCAAAUCCAUCGAAGAUAGCAAAUCCCAAUUCGCUUACCGAGAUCUCCUGAGCAUCGAUAUCGUCCUGAUCGUCGUCCACUUUGUCCUCUUGAUUCAAGCUACUAUCACGCUUGGAUUGAAGCUAUUUUUCCUCGUGAGAAAUGACCAACGCAGUAAGAUUUGGCUCUGGCGGAAACACCACUUGAUCGAUCAACCGAUCCCCUAUCUGGUCCCCAAUGCCAAUUUCGUCAUCGAACCCCUGCAAAUCGCUGGAUGUAUAUUUUUUGAGCUGUUUGGCAUCAUAAUCUACAUGGUCAUCGAGAAUCCUGAAUUAGGCAUGUCUUUCCCCGGGCUUCACGCAAGUUGUUUGUUUUGGUUUGCGGUAUCCUUCGUACCCGGUUUCAUUGGCUUUUGGCUCAGUGGAUGGAGCGCUUUCUAUGUUCUAUUUCUCUCUCCAACCCAUGAUGCCGGAGCCAUUAGGAGACCCCAGAGAAUCAUUCACCAUCCGAUCUUCAUGAACACCAUGUGCAUAGGAAUUCCAGUGUUGAUGAGCUGUUUCUUUGCCACUAUCGGGAUCCUCAUGACUAUGAAGCACAAACGAGUGGGAGAUACUUUCGAAGCUGUGAUGGUAAAACUUGAGGAGCUUUCGAAUUCUUGGAAGCCGAAUAAUCCCCAGACCGCUGAGGACAACCAAAGCCUGAUGAAUAUGAUGGAAUCCCUCCUUUCUGAAGGCUCGGGUAUUUUUGACUUGCUUCAACUGAUGGCCAUCGGUUGGGCAACCAUAGCGAUGUUUAUAAUCAUGUUUUACAUCGGUACCACAGUCUCCGUUGGGAAGGUAACGAAGCGCACGAUGGCAAUUGCCAGUGGAAAGACCACGCUCAUGAAAAUUAGCUCUAAAUAUUUGCUUCCUAAGACCAAGGAUGUGAUUUCCGAAAGUCGCGAUGACUUGGAUUCCAAAGACGAGACCGCUUACUCCCAGACUGCACCAGAACUAAGCCCGGCAUUCAGGAACAGUGUUUCUUCAAAUAGCAUUCAAAGAAAUCUGUUUUUCAUACGCAUAAGUUGCGGACUUAUGAUCAUCGCUCUAGGCUUCAAUUUCUGUACCAGCUUGAUUGUUGUGGUUAAGAUUCGAUCGCUUUUAAUAGAAACCUAUUGGCAGGUCACACUCUCUUCACUCAUCGCGGUAACCUGCGUGUUACUCUCACUUUCGUUGCUUAUUCAAAGCCUAAUGCACAUCCGACACUAG